AUUUUCAGAUAAAUGUACAGGCUGAGUUGGCUAGAGAUGGCAAAAAUAUUUCUGUUGGAGUAAAUUUUCUUCAGGAGAAAAUGGAUAAGGUUGGUGUGGUGUUCCUGAAGUUCCGGAUUUUGUGGUUGGACUAGACGUGCUGCUUCAGGAAAUGAAGGCCAUGCUUCUAAAGGAUGAAGUGCCAAUUGUUGUGCUUUCGGCUCCUGAUGGCUACGGCAAGACUACACUAGCGAAAUUGCUCUGUAAUGAUGAUGAAAUUAGAGACAGUUUCAAAAUCAGCUAACCUCCAGCUAAUGGUUCAAAAAGUAAUUCAGAGUAACAAAAACCAGAAGCCGCCUAUUUUUCAAAGUGAUGAAGAUGCAAUAUACCAAUUAGAACAGUUUUUCCAACAGCAAAUAAGACCAGCUCCCAUACUAUUAGUCCUGGUCGAUAUGUGGUCAGGAUCCGAGUCACUCAUUGAUGAAUUCCUUCUUCCAAUACGUGGAUAUAAAAUCUUGGUUACAUCGAGAUUUGAGUUUCCACAAUUUGAAUGGACUUAUCAAUUGAAUAUGCUGAAUCAUCAAGAUGCAAUGACUCUAUUUCAACAUUAUGCCUUUAAAGAUGGGAUCUGCACUGUGCAAAAACAUCUUGUAGAAGAGGUGGUCAGAGGUUGCUCAGGAUCUCCAUUAGCCCUUACAGUUGUAGGUAAGUCACUCUAUAGGCAGCCUGAGGUGAAGUGGAUUAGUACAGUUCAAAAUUGGUCCCAAGGGCAAUCCACACUACAAGAAAAAAUAGCAUUUUACAAUGGCCAGAAUUUGUUGCCAUAGGCUGCAAGUUGCAUACUUUGAUGCUUUACCUAUGUGCAUUGCUCGUUUCAUUACUUGUUUUAGCAUUUGCAAGUAGCCCUUACUCUUCAAGUAAAUUCAUUUGCAAGUAUAUCAAAUCGUUUGUUUGAGCAGACCAAUCUUGCAAUCC